AUGACUAACAGAACAUCCCUGCACAUGCGUGCUCGGCGAUGGCGUAAUAGGUCUGGUGCUUUGCUCAUCCUCAUUGUCCUAGCAGUAACCUUCAUAUCAGGAAGGCGGCUUUUCGAUGAGCUCUCGGUCCUCACCACGACGAAGGUUAUGACCAACAGGCCUGGUGGACGGGAGCAAGAGCUGGAGUUGGCAUCUACUACUGGUGGCUGGCAGGUAUUAUUGCAUAAUGAUCAAUUCCAUACCUUCGACCAGGUAGCUGACAUUGUUCAUGACAUGUUGGGUCAAGUGUCUCGACAAGAUGCCUUCUCGGCCGCCUUGAAGGCGCAUCGAUAUGGCGAGAGCUCCCUUACCACAGCACCACAGAGGUCUGUAGCAGAACGAUGGGUUAAGAUGCUUACUGAUAGAAAGAUUACCGCUAAUGCGAGAGUAUCGGUUAUCGACACUCAGUUGGCGCUGAGGGACGCACUAGAUGUAUUAGAUCGGACUGGGACCAAUAGUCCUGAGAGCUACAAAGUCUUUACCCAAUUAUUCGAUACCUGUCGUAAGGGAGGGCCAGAUCUAGUUGUGGCUCUCCUGACCGAUACCGACGUGAUGGGCUCCAUGUUGCAGAAUAUCGUACCAAGACUACAGGACAUUCAGGAUUCGGAGGCAUUACAGGACUGCCUCUCCUUCCUGGGCCUGUUGGUGGCUGAGGCACCGGUAAAGGUUAUGAAUGAUGAUGGUGAGGACGACGACGGCAAGAGGCGGCGGAGGGUUGAUGGACUGGAGACCAAGUGUGCUGAGAAGAUUCUUCAACUGUCCAAGGGAGGGUCCGAGAUUGUGGCUCUCAUCACUAAACAAGAUGCUGAUAUGUAUCUUCUCUAUGCUGAGCUACGCCUCAUACAGAGUCUUCACAAGAGAUUCCCUCGUAUAAUAGCAUCGGCUGUAUUGGAGGCACCCGAGGUGGUUGCGGCUCUGGUCGAUCUCCUCAAGACGUGUCCAGCAGCCUUUGUCCGUAACGAGUGCCUGGCCCUUGUCCACAAUAUGGUAUCCGCGGCCAAGGAUCAGGGUAGUCGGCGGGCAACUACCGCUUCUGCAGCUACCGAGGAGAUGCAGAUCUUCCCUAUGUUAGCCUUCCAAGGAGUGAUCGAGGCCCUCUUUGGCAUAGUCUUGGAAGACCCUGUGGUCUCGGCGGGAGAUGUACCAGUGGUAGCACUAGACACGAACCUACAGCUACUGAGGCAUGAGAAGACUCGAAGCUUCUGGCGUACAGGGGGAAGGGAGAGUGCUCAAUGGACUCUAGAGGUCUUCCGGCAUGCACUCUACCCGAACCAUCGUCAGCGUCGCGGUAGUGAGGCCCCUGACCAAGACUUGUUCCCUGAGAGGAGGGAGAAUGACGAGGAGCUGAAGGGCAUAACAAAUGUUGCAACCUUCAAGACAGUAUGGCCGACCCUCAAGCUCUCCAUGGAGAUUCUACACACCUACUGGGGCCCAUCUGCUCAUCUAACGAACCGAAGUAAGACGCAAAAUCAGGAGAAGGUGUAUUGUAUAGACUUGGGGAUAAUUGAGAUAAUCAUCGAUCAAAUAGACAAUUAUCAUCUAUCGGAUGAAUGCCGUCGCGAGCUACUCCACGUCAUUCUGACCCUGCUCCAGUCCUGUGGGAAAUCUACAGUGGAGAAGCUUACUAGUUCAACAGCAUCAGCAGCAGCAGCUACACCGGGUAUUUGGAAGAUAGCUAGCCUCAUGGUCCAGUCCCCUCCUCCAUCCAUUUCCUUCCGCUCCUCAGUAUCAAGCUUCAUAGAGAAGGCAACCGACCUCCCUGGUCAAUUGGUCUCCAUUAUGAUACAGAAUUCCCUCUGUGCUACAUUCAGUGCCACUGUAGCUGGUAUGUCGACUCCAGCUCCUGACGAUGCCAUGUCGACGACAGUGGUCACUCCUGGGUCUUGGGUGAUCUCCCACCUCCAGGGAAUAGCAGUAGGAUCCGAUACCAAGGGCAUGAAAGACACCCUACCACAAGUUGCCAUGCAUGUCAAUGCUUGGUUCUCACUACAACUGCUCAUGAACUGUGUGAAGGGUAAGAAUGUCGAAGCUCAGAAGAUGCUGUCCUCGUCGGCAGUGAUACCAAGUUCAAGUGGUGGAUACCAAUCCCUGCUUACCUUCCUCGACAAGAUACUUCUAUCCUUGGCUGACAGGUUGGAGGCGCCCUUCGAUGAUACUGAUGGCGAAGGGUCCGACUCCGAUGCAAGCGACAACAACACUACUGCACUGUGGUCCAAGGAUCCAUCCACUGUACCUACUACUGUGAUAGCGAUACUACAGACUUUAUUGGUUUUUCGCGUGGAUGCUGACGUUGAUGAUGCGAUAAGCACUGAACCCGUCUAUCUCCGAUUGCUCCAGAGCCUGAUGAGAUAUCGAGGCCCAGGGAAAGUAGAUAUCAAUGGCUUGGCUUCCCUACUAUUGGGCACUUGUCUAAAGCCCUCUUGUGCCAAUAAUGAUCUUGCUACAUCGAUCAUCGAAGCCGAUAUCGGUGUUAUCCAAGCAUACCGAGCAGGAGCUAUUCUACUAGAUAGCGCUCCUCGGCCUGCUGUGCACCAUGACUCUAUAGCGAAGAGACCAACAUGGUAUCCCUCCUUCUUCAUACAAAUAGCACGGAGAGCCCAUCAGGAUGCUCAGAGAUGCUUGGUUCAGCAGACCCUCCAUAUUCGAGAUCCUGGCCAUCAUCAAAGGGAUGACGAUGUCGCCAAGCUUCGUAGCAUGCUCGAGGUCCAACAGAGGGAGGUGGCGAGAUCGAAACAGGAAGCUAGCGACACUCUCCAGGUGUUAGCUGGGAUGUCGGAACAGUUGUCAGAGCUACGGGAUACCGAUACAGCAAGUCUAGUCGAACGUAUAGAGGGACUACAGACAGCAAAGGAUGCAUUAACGGAAGAGGUGGAGGCCUUGAAGCGGGACAACGAGAAUCUUGCCAAAUAUCUUAUAGCUGAACGUGAGGCUGCAUCACGAUUGAUUGCCGAGUCCUCCUAUCAGCUCAAAGCUCUCGCGGGAUGUUAUCGAGAUGAGAAUCUCCGAGUCCAGAAGCUGAUAGCCCAGCAGCAGCAGCAGCAGCAGUAUGGGGAGGGCUCCCCGUACAACGGGGGACCAACAGAGAAUGUGCCACCAGCCACCCAGGAUCUAGUUGAUCUUGUCUCGGCACUAAAGAGGGUCUGUCCGUCUGUUCUUGACAUCAUCGCUGCACCUAUUGACCAGCCUAUAUCUAACCGUUUGCCUCCUAAGUUGCAGGAGCGGGAGGGGUCUGUCGAGCCCUUUGCUGACGAUAACCCAAGCAGCUGA